AUCUAUCACUAUGGUUUCCCUACUCGAAGAGAUAUCUAUGUUGCUGAUACUUCACGCAGUUUUCACUACACGAGGGACGGCUUUCCCCACUGACGAAAAUAAUUAUAAUCCCAACCAGAGGCCGUCUCCUCAGCUACGCCUAGCAGGAAUUCAUGCUUUAGGGGCGUCUGCGUUUCAGUUUCUCCGCUGCUCCCUCCACAAGAGAAAAUAUCCCUACGGUUUCCAUUAUUUUCUUUCUAUUUCCCGGCAUGCACUAGGGCUCGGGGUAGCGGAGAUGGCUUCCGGGCUGUGCCGGCGGUGUUGUCUCGUAGUUGGUGUCAGCUUCAAAAUGGCGACCAGAGCGCCAAAUAUGAUUUUUUGACGUUGAAUGCGGAGAAAGGAGGAGGAGGCCUAGUAAAGUUAUUGUUGGGGCUAAGAGCGAUAGCACCAUGGACGCCUUGGCUUGUAUGAAGUCGCUGCUUCUCGCGGCUUCUCAGUAUCGAGCUGCGCGUACCCCAUCCAACGCUGUGCUGUUGCAGCGGAGUCUAGAGGUCAUCUCAGGACUGAAGCUAACAAGAUUUUUUGCAUCAAAUCAGAUUUUGCCAAGCGAAUGUCUAAGCUGCUUAGUGGAACUCAUUGAAGAUCCAAACACGAGCCCUCAGUUAACUCUGAAUGUGGUAGGCUUUCUCUCCCAACUAGUUUUAGACAAUGAGACCAGAGAAGCUCUUCAGAAUACUUACAAUCUGUGUAGUGUUCUGGCAGGUGUGAUUCAUCGAAGUUCUGUUAAUCCUCUUGAUCCAGGAUCACUACAGUGUAUUCAACUGCUACAGAAAUUAACCUAUAAUGCAAGAGUAUUCCAUGCCAAUAGUAAUACUGAUGACUUAAUUUUGUUCCUUAUGCACCAUAUUCAAUCAACAGAAGAUGAGUUAACUAUACCAUGCCUAGGACUUAUGGCAAAUCUGUGUCGACACAAUCUAUCAAUUCAAGCACAUAUUAAGUCAUUGCCAAAUGUGAAGGGUUUCUAUCGCACUCUGAUCAGUUUCUUGGCCCACAGUAGUCUAACGAUGGUUGUAUUUGCACUUUCAAUAUUAUCAAGUCUUACAUUAAAUGAGGAAGUUGGAGAAAAGCUUUUCCAUUCCAGAAAUAUUCAUCAGACUUUCCAGUUAAUAUUCAACAUUCUUGUGAAUGGUGAUGGAACAUUAACAAGAAAGUACUCUGUUGAUUUGCUCAUGGAUCUCCUGAAGAAUCCCAAGAUUGCAGAUUAUCUUACUAAAUAUGAACACUUUACCUCCUGCCUCACUCAGGUGUUGGGCCUCCUUCAUGGAAGGGAUUCUGAUUCCUCAGCAAAGGUAUUAGAGUUACUACUUGCCUUCUGUUCGGUAAUGGAACUUCGUCAUGUCUUGUGUCAAGCAAUAUUGGAACCAAAUAGGGCAAGCUGUGGAAGCACAAGACUUGUAACUCGAUCUAAGCCUUCAGAGCCAUCUGUUCUCUUAGUACAUUGGUCAAACCAACCACUGGAAGCGUCUGAAACCUGCUCACAUCUUGCAUUGGAGCUGUUCAGGGAGAUAUUUGAGGAUGUUAUUGAUACAGGCAACAGUGCUAUGGCUGAGCGCUUUGUGGAUCUUCUUCUGCCUGUUCUUCUUGACCAUCUUCAUUUGCCAGAUCAUGUGCUAGAAGACCUGUUGGCGAAGAAGAAGUGUGAAAGAAUGAUCAAGGCUAUUGAUAUUUUAAUAACUCUUUGUGCAGAUGAUAUGCUAAAAAUGCAUGUAACUAAGGUUCUAACAGCUAAUAAAUGUACAUCUUUAAUUGAAUACCACUUUACAUGCAGAGGGAUUGACUUUGGCUUUGGAACAAAGGUAAUGGACUCUGAACUUAGCACGCGCGCUGCUGAUUUAAUCUUAAAAACACUGGAUCUUAUGAGCAAGCUUAAGCAGCUGGUCCCUAACAUGGAAGUCAACUUUUACAAAGUUCUUCAGGACCAACGUUUGGUUACACCUUUGGCUUUUGCUUUAACAUCAGACCACAGAGAGCAAGUACAGGCAGGACUUAGAAUACUGUUUGAAGCAGCACCAUUGCCAGAUUUUCCUGCCAUAGUGCUUGGUGAAAGUAUUGCGGCCAAUAAUUCUUACAGACAACAGGAAGCAGAGCAUGCAUCUAAAAGGAGCCACAUGCAAGCAUCCAUGACCUGUGUUAACUCAAUGAAGUGCUCUAUUAUUUGCCCUCCAAAUGAUGAUGCUGCAACUUUCAACAUUCAGGAUCUAAUACAGAAACUCCAGUCUGGCCUGGAGAUGAAGGAAUCUGUCACAGAUGUGAGAGUGUCUGAAAUAAUGGAUGUAUAUGAGCAGAAACUGUCUGCAUUAGCAUCCAAAGAAACUAGGUUGCAAGACCUUUUGGAAGCAAAGGCAUUAGCUCUUGCUCAAGCUGAUAGACUUAUUGCCCAGUAUCGUUGCCAGAGAGCUCAAGCCGAGUCAGAGGCUAGAACACUUGCUUCAAUGUUGAAGGAUGCUGAACGAAAAAAUGAAGAUUUUGAAGGAUUAUUGAAAGCGCAGCAGGUAGAAUCUGAGCGGACUCAAAGUGAUAUUGAACAACUCUUUCAGCACAAUAGAAAACUGCAGGCAAUAGCAGAGGAACAUGAGAUACUGAAAAGAUCUUCCAUUGAUCUUAUUCAAAAGCAUGAAACCAUUCAAAAACAAUAUAAUGAUCUACAGCUAAUGUGUAAUGCACUCAGUAAACAACUUGAGACCAUUAAAAGGCAGAAUGACUCACUCAAGCAACAGAACGACAAAACUGUCACUCAGUUGCUAGAAACAGAAGAGCACAGAAAAGAAUUGCACAAACAGCUGCAAGAUAAAGAUGGGAAAAUAUCAAGUUUGCAACAGAAGGUAAAGAUUCAGGAAGAAAAACUUAAAGCUAGGCAGAAGGAAAAAUCAGAUAUGGAGGAGACCAUAGACAUCCUUAGAAAGGAACUGAGUAAAACGGAGCAGGCAAGAAAAGAGCUGAGUAUUAAGGCAUCUUCCUUGGAAGUUCAGAAGUCACAACUGGAAGGACGACUGGAAGAAAAGGAUGCUUUAGUCAAACUUCAGCAAGAAGAGCUGAACAAACAUUCUCAUAUGAUAGCAAUGAUACACAGCUUAAGUGGUGGCAAACUAAAUGCAGAAGCUGUGAAUCUCAGUUUAUAGAAUUGGAUUACUUAGUACUGUAUUUCACUAAAAAGAAAAGAGCCAAUCAAAACCUCAUGUAAGCCUCAAGUAUUGUUACAUUUUUAAAAAUCCACUUUAGAUUUUUACAGAAUGCAGGCUAAUUACUGUUCAUGUUGGCACUAAUGUCCACAUAGAUAUGAGCAGCUGUGGGGGCCUUGUUUCCUGGUUUUACAAGAAAUUAUUUGAGAUUAUUUGAUCCACAUACUAUCACUGAUAAUAGGAGUUGAGUUAGGGUAGGUGAUUCUCCAGUUUUAGGCAGAUUUCCAAGUAUGAAACUUUAUGUAAGUUUUAAAAUCCAUGUAUAUAUAAUUUUGUACAGUAGAGUCCAGUUGUCUAACAUACAAACCCAGAGAGUAGAGAGAAAAGAUAGAAAAGCCGGAGGUAUAUUGGAGCAUAAAUGUUUAAAACAAUGAAUUGUACAGAUUUUAAAUUACUACAAUAUAUAUUAAAUGAACAGGGAAAUAGAAAUGUCCUAGCCCAUUAGUAUGUGGCUCCAAAAUGCUGAUGGCCUAUUAAUGUCUAGUUUCCAGGAAAUAGAAAACACAGGUAUGUAUAUAUAUGUAUAUUCAGCUUUCAGUUUUAUCUCCCAGUGUUAAAAUCCCAUUUAGUU